CCGCCGUCUCCUUCACUCUCCGAACGUCAGUAUCAGUUUUUCCUCACUACCUUUCUCGUGGAUCUCACGUUUGCAAGGCGCGAAACUAUACGCGGUAGCAACUAGUAUUCCUACUGGUGCUUAUCAAUUAUUGCAAAUUGUGUUAGUUUCCUAAGUUGCCCUUCGACGUCUUUAAUUAUGACAGCCGCACUUCCAUCAUGGGCGGGAGUGCUGCAAUCGAACGCGUCGGCCCCGACGGGUGUGCUUUGCGCAAGAAACUCUAACAAUUCCGCCAACCCUCAUGAUUCGACAAACCCUAACAGUCACGAUUACCGUAGACCUCAGCUCGAAAUCACCUCUCCGCCACACCCGCCGUCCCCCCCCCCAAUAGUAUCCCGCGCAAUCACUUCUCUUUCACCGCAAUGUCGCCUCAAGCCGCACUACGGACGCCGAGCUCCUUCGAAGACCACCGCCGUGCCGCCCCGCCGCCGAAACGGGCCGGUGUCAUUCCCCUCCCCGCCCAACCACCGGCGAGUGUUGCGCGCGCCGCAACCGUCAGCCGUUGACCGAUCCACCGCCGCGGCAGGCGCCACGCUUCGCGCCGCAACUCACGGCGUGACUCACGGCGCAGCUCACGGCGCAGCUCACGGCGCGAAUCACGGCGCAGCUUCCGGCGCCACGCACCACGCCCUGCUUCACGAAAGCGCGUUCAGCUCCGAAGCGCUCGCGCUCAGCCUCACCUUGCGAAGCUUCCCGUCCGCAGCUUCCUUGCCGUCCUCCUCGCCAUCCUCGCCGGGAGCAUCCCCGAUACAGUCCGCCUCGUUAUUAACACCAAGAGCCGCUGCUGAAGUCCACGGCUCGCACGGUCAUCAUCAUCAUCACAGGGAUGGUGCCGGGGAGCGGCCGGCAAUUCUGCCGCCGGCGGCGGCGACGAGUAUCGCCGUGGCGGUGCCGGCAGACGAGGGGCUCGAUGCCGAUUCGAGUGGCGAUUCGGCGUUUCGUUGGGACGGCGUUAAGGUGCUGCCUUUCGCCGCGUCUGUCGGCGUGGGCCUCGCGACGUGGGCUUUAAUUCCAGUGCCCGAGGGAUUGACAGACCAAGCGUGGCAGCUGCUGGCGGUGUUCCUAACCACUAUAACGGGACUGAUUCUCGGGCCGCUUCCCGUGGGCGCGUGGGCCUUCGUUUGCCUCUCCUUCGCAAUACUCACAGGCACCCUCCCUUUCUCUGACGCCAUUAGCGCCAUGACCAACGAGGUCAUCUGGCUCAUCGUCAUCUCCUUCUUCUUCGCGCGCGGGUUCGUCACCACGGGGCUGGGCGACCGCAUCGCCACGCUCUUUGUCCAGUGGUUCGGCAGCAGCACGCUCGGACUCAGCUACGGCCUUGCAGCCAGCGAGGCCAUCCUGGCUCCAGCCAUGCCGAGCACGACAGCCCGAGCCGGCGGCGUCUUCCUGCCGAUCAUCGACUCGCUCUCGAAGCGCUUCGACAGCCGCCCCAACGACCCCAGCAGCAGCAAGCUCGGCGCAUACCUCAUAAUGACGCAACUCCAGUGUACAGCGCACAGCAGCGCCAUGUUCCUCACAGGCGCGGGACAGAAUCUGCUGUGCCUGAAGCUCGCUCAAGAGAUGGGAGUCGCGAUCCCGAACGCGUUCGGGACGUGGAUGCAAAUGGCGGUGGCUCCUGGGGUGGUGGGGUUGAUGGUUACCCCCCUGGUGAUGUUCCGACUGUUUCCGCCAGAGGUUAAGGAGACCCCGGAGGCGCCGGCGCUUGCGGCGAAGAGGCUAAAGGAGAUGGGGGGGGUGAGCGGCAAAGAGAUGAUCAUGAUCGGGACCAUGGGGCUGGCGAUCACGAUGUGGAUCAUGGGCGAGUCGCUGGGCAUUCCCAGUGUGGUGACCGCAAUGUCAGCCCUCUCCCUGCUCCUCCUCUCUGGCGUGGUCUCGUGGUCCGACUGCCUGUCAGAGCGCACCGCGUGGGACACCCUCAUGUGGUUCGCUGCGCUCAUCGCCAUGAGCAACCAGCUCACCCACAUGGGUGUGGUCGGGUGGAUGGCUGAUGGGGUAGCAGGGGGCCUGGGGAUGGUUCCUGGGGGGAUCCUGGCUGGGGAUAUGGCCACGGGGGGGAUGUUGGGUGAGGAGAUGGGGGGAGUGGUGGGGCUCUUGGGUGGAGACGUGGGGGAAAUGGUGGGGGCAACUGCAGCAGCGGCAGCAGGAACAGUAGCAGCAGUGGGAGGGGCAGCAGGAGCAGUAUUGGAACCAGUUACUAGUGCUGUCACCAUCCCCGUUGAAGCAGCAACAGCAGCAGCAGGGGAGCUCACAUGGGUGUCAAGUUUCUUUCAGCUACAAGUGCUAUACUUCCUCUCACACUACCUCUUUGCGAGCCAGACCGCCCACGUGGGGGCCUUGUAUGCGGCGUUUCUCGCCAUGCAAUUGGCUGCGGGUGUUCCCGGGGAGGUCGGCGCAUUUGCACUGGCUAUUAAUACGAAUUUGUUUGGAGCGAUCACGCAUUACAGCAGCGGCCAAGCGGCUCUUUAUUAUGGAGCUGGUUAUGUUAAACUUCCAGACCUAUUCAAGGUUGGGGGCAUUUCAGCAAUUAUCAACCUGGUCCUUUGGACGACAGUAUGCUCUAUUCUAUGGAAGUUUCAAGGGGUAUUUUAGGCCUGAAGAACACACUUUUUGCGCAAUCGGUAGAAUAGCUGAUGUGUUGUUUUUGGGUUGCGGAGCAACCUAUUGCGAUCGAUUGUAAGGAUUUUUUUUUUCAAGUUUAUGAUUUGGAAAAAAACUACCAAAUCUUC